GAAUUUCAGGGGCUGAUAGAAAGGGUAUUGGUAGACCAGGACAUGAAGUCUGAUUUAGAAGAGGGAAAACUCAUCAACUGGUGUCGUACAGCCCAGAUAUUAUACCCACUAAAUACCACUAAAGAUGGAAACUGUCUAUUACAUUCAAUAUCAAUGUAUAUUUGGGGAGUAGAGGACAACAGUUUAUUACUGAGACGGGUUUUAUAUUGUACCCUACAAACAGAUCAACACAAUGUUUUCAAACAACGCUACUUUCACUUUAUGACCAACAGAAAUAGCGAAGUUUAUGGUAAUUUACUGCAGUUUGAUUCCAUGGAUCAAGAACAGGAAUGGAAAGGUAUCGUGGAUAGCGUGGAACCCAGACAUACCCCUAGUUUUGCCAACCCUCUCUCGUUUCUAGAACCAAUACAUAUAUACGUGAUGGCGAACAUUUUAAAACGGUCAAUAAUAGUAAUGGCAGAUACUCGUAUUCGAACUUUAGAAGCUGUCAGUAUACAAGAUAACGAUAUCGUUGGUAUUUAUCUCCCCUUGGACAUUGAACCAGAACAAUGCUACAAAUAUCCAAUCGUCUUAGGCUUUAAUUACAACCAUUUUACCCCAUUGGUAACUACGAAGGAAGAUCGGAACAGUCCACGAAAAUUAUCAAUUCCUUUACAGAAACAAGAC